AUGUCUCUAGUUGAUGAAGCAUAUGUAGCUACUUUCAAACACUUAAAACCCCUGAGAAAGUUACCCUUUACCUCUCAAAAAGCUUGUGUUAUUCCACCACCUUUUGGCAACAUACUUUUAAUCCAAGUUGAGGCUAGACAUCCAAAAGAAUACUCGAAUCACAAGCUUGAGUGGAACCAGAAACCGCACAAACCAUUCUCAACCCAAAUAACUCUACGCGACAAAAGUACCUCUUCAACUAAGGGAAAGGAGUCGCGGGAAACGUUUUUACCAAAAAUUAGAAUCUAUGACUCAGGGAGAGGAGUGAAACACUUGUCGAUAAGUGGUAGCACUGAGAGGAAGAGGAGGGCUAGCACGGAGGAGUCUUCUUCAAUGCAUGUAUCUCCCUGGGAUGAUAAACCUUACCGAGUACUACCUAGUGGGGAAAUAGCUUACUACGACGAGCGAGACAUGGUGUCGUUUCUCGAUCCACCCAAGCAACUUAUUCCUUUAUAUCCAUCUUCUUACAACCCCGCUACUUAUCUCUGACUUAUUUCAAGAGCUUGGGAGGUAGUAGGCACAAGAUAUGAUAAUUCAAACUUGGCAAAGAAAAGUUCAUCUAACUUGUUUGGCAAUGAAACCGGUUGGUGGUCAAUGAUGGUGGUUCUAAUAUGAUUUUUGGCAAGUAGUAUCGAUAUCACUUUGAAGCAACAUCCACUCAAAAUGUUAAGUGUUGAACAAAUGCAAGUAAAAGGCUAUGCUCUUCGUUUCAAUAAUGUUGCAUCUCAAAUUUAGGACUCAACUAGUUUAAUGUUUUGAGCAGUUACAAUCUACAAAUGUGUAGACUAAUUAAGCCUUUUGGAAGAUAUUUUUGUUUUAAAUAUUGAGAGUAUUAUUGUAAGGCAAGUUUAGUUUUAAUUUAAGUAAUGCUUUGUGUUUUGCAUUUUA